AGUCGCCCGGAUGAGCUGCCUGCAUAGCUGUAGAGCUGAAAUUGGAUAUAUUUUCCUGCAACAUGGAGGCUUUAUUCGGUGUUCCGUUUGUUCUGCUCGAAUGUCCCAAUGUGAAGCUGAAGAAGCCCUCAUGGCUGCACAUGCCGUCGGCGAUGACCGUGUACGCGGUGGUGAUCGUGUCCUACUUUCUCAUCACAGGAGGCAUCAUCUAUGAUGUUAUUGUAGAACCUCCAAGUGUGGGUUCCAUGACUGAUGAACAUGGACAUCAGCGGCCAGUUGCGUUUUUGGCAUACAGGGUAAAUGGGCAGUACAUCAUGGAAGGUCUAGCCUCCAGUUUCCUCUUCACGAUGGGAGGCUUGGGCUUUAUAAUCCUGGACCGCUCCAAUGCACCAAACAUUCCCAAACUCAACCGAUUCCUGCUGCUUUUCAUUGGAUUUGUCAGUGUUCUCCUCAGCUUCUUCAUGGCCAGAGUCUUCAUGCGCAUGAAGCUGCCAGGAUACCUCAUGGGUUAAGGAUCGCAGCAACACCGUUCACCAGUCCAAUGGAAAAUUUUCAAUUUGUUAGCAUCAUACAUGCAGUUGGAUUUGGGUCAUGGAUAGAAUUGACUCUAUUGAUUCAGAAAUCAUUAAGCACUGAAAGCAAUGCCCUUGCUGAAGAAACAAGACUAGAUGUUGUUCAAACAGUCACACUUGUUACAUCUUUUUAAUGUUUUGUGACUUCCUUUGCCCUUUUUCUCUAAUUGAUACAACUGAGGGUUAUGGACAGACUUUGUUAAAUCCAGAAGAGUUGCUUCCCUCUCAACUUUGCCUUACGCAUUGUUAUUAACGUCUGAUAGUUGUUGUGUCUGCUUGUUUAUGAGCACCCAGAAGUGCAAAUAGUGGGGUGAAAUGUGUAGGAAAAGGGAAAGGAAGUUACUGAGUAUUGAUAGGAUGGAACUACUAAUUUGGAACCUGAAUUAGUAUUCUGUGAAUAAUUGAGUUGGAUGUUUGAAUAAUGUUUGUCAGUUUUUUGUACUGCAAUAACUGAAAACAGCCUUGAACCUGCCACGGUUGCAUUUUUGUACAAGUCAAAUAAAAUCCUCCUUUCACACA